UUAGAGCUUCCAAUAACUAAGAACUGGAGGGAGAUAAGAUCGGGAGCAUUUCUGUGACUUAAAAGUUUUGAUACACACCAGGGUUAUAAUUUGGAAUGAAAUGGCAAAUACUAUAUGCAAUAGUAAAUAAGGACGCCUGGUGGCGCUGCAGGCUAGGAGUUUGAAUGAAGGUCUCUGGCUACCCGGGACUCCAUUAAGCUGAGAAUCAGAACUCCGACUGCUUUCUAAAAGAAGGAAGCAUUUUAAGUAAGACCUAGUGGCAGAGAUCUUCAGAGAGGGCAUCGUUCUAGUGCAAGUCAGUCAGAAAGAUCUAAUUCGAGGUUAUUUAACGAAGUCAUCUGGGUUGACUGUAUACCGAGUUGAAGAAACUGCACCUUCUUGAACCGGGUCUUAACAAUGGAGACAGCGCUAGCAAAAACGCCACAGAAAAGGCAAGUUAUCUUUCUUGCUCUAUUGUUGUUUUUGUGGGAGGCUGGUUCUGAAGCAAUUAGGUAUUCCAUGCCAGAAGAAACGGAAAGUGGCUCCUUUGUGGCCAACCUGGCAAAAGACCUGGGGCUCAGGGUGGGGGAACUGGCCACUCGGGGCGCGCGAAUCCAUUACAAAGGAAACAAGCAGCUCUUGCAGCUGGAUAUAAAGACUGGGAAUUUGCUUCUAUAUGAAAAACUAGACCGGGAGGUGCUGUGUGGGGCGACAGAUCCCUGUAUACUGCAAUUCCAACUAUUACUGGAAAACCCAGUGCAGUUUUUUCAAGCUGAUCUGCAGCUCACAGAUAUAAAUGACCAUUCGCCAGAGUUCCUAGACAGGGAAACGCUCCUAAAAAUCCCAGAAAACGUCCAGCCAGGGACUGUGUUUCCUUUGAAAAUAGCGCAGGACGUUGACAUAGGUAGCAACACUGUUCAGAACUACACAAUCAGCCCCAACUCCCAUUUUCAUGUUGUCACUCAUAAUCGCGGAGGUGGCAGAAAAUUCCCGGCGCUGGUGCUGGACAAAGCGCUCGAUAGGGAGGAGCGGCCCGAGCUCAGUUUAACCCUCACGGCGCUGGACGGUGGGGCUCCGCCCAGGUCUGGGACGACUGCCGUCCGCAUUGAGGUCGUGGACAUCAAUGAUAACGCCCCUGAGUUUUCACAGCUGCUCUAUGAAGUACAAGUCCCGGAGAACAGCCCCCUAAACUCCUUAGUUGUCACUGUCUCUGCCCGAGACUUAGAUGAAGGAACGAAUGGGAAUGUAGCCUAUACUCUUUUCCAAGGCGAUGAAGUUAAUCAACCAUUUGUAAUAGAUGAGAGAACAGGAGAAAUUCGUCUGAAAAAGGCAUUGGAUUUUGAGACAACUCAAUAUUAUAACGUGGAGAUUGCGGCCACAGAUGGCGGGGGGCUUUCAGGCAAAUGCACUGUAGCUAUACAGGUGCUGGAUGUGAAUGACAACGCCCCUGAACUGACCAUGUCGAGGCUCACCAGCUCUACCCCAGAAAACUCACCAGAGACUGUGGUUGCUGUUUUCAGUGUUUCUGAUCCAGACNAAACGACAGCAACUUCGAGUAAAAGUGGUUUUGAAAGACUGGUUAAAGGAAGAAUGGAGGCCAGAGUGGAGCGUGCGGUGCAGAAAAGGCAAGUCCUAUUUCUUUGUGUAUUUCUGGGAGUGUCUUGGGCUGGCGCAGAGCCGCUUCAGUAUUUCGUGGCAGAGGAAACCGAGAGAGGCACCUUUCUGGCUAACGUAGCAAAUGACCUGGGUUUGGGGAUAGGGGAACUGUCAGCCAGGGGAUCCAGAAUCGUUUCCGAUCAGAACAUAGGAUUUUUACUACUCAAUCCGCUUACUGGUGAUUUACUUUUAAAUGAGAAAUUAGACCGAGAGGAACUGUGUGGGCCCACAGAGCCCUGUGUGCUGCCUUUCCAGUUGUUACUGGAAAAACCUUUUCAGAUAUUCCGCGCAGAACUAUGGGUCAGAGACAUCAACGAUCAUUCUCCAGUGUUUCUAGAUAGAGAGAUUCCCUUGGAAAUACUAGAAAGCACCACACCAGGGGCGGCAUUUCUCCUAGAAAGUGCACAGGAUUUAGAUGUUGGGACCAACAACCUGAGAAACUACACCAUCAGCUCCAAUGCCUAUUUCCAUAUUAAUGUCCAUGAUAGUGGGGAGGGGAAUAUCUAUCCCGAAUUAAUACUGGAUCGAGUGCUGGAUCGAGAAGAGGUGUCUGAGCUCAGUUUAACCCUCACCGCCUUGGAUGGUGGUUCUCCUCCCAGAUCCGGGACCGCCCUGGUACGCAUCCUGGUUUUGGACAUAAAUGACAACGUCCCUGAAUUUGUACAGUCGCUCUACAAGGUGCAGGUGCCAGAGAACAGCCCUGUUGGCUCCCUGGUUGUCGCCGUGUCAGCUAGAGAUUUAGAUACCGGAAGUAAUGGGGAAAUAGUUUAUGCAUUUUUUUAUGCCACUGAAAGAAUUCUCCAAACGUUCCAAAUCAACUCAACAUCUGGCAAACUUCAUCUUAAAGCUCAAUUGAACUAUGAAGAAAUACAAACUUAUACAUUAACUAUUCAGGCCAAGGACAGGGGAGGGCUUUCUGGAAAAUGUACGGUGGCGGUUCAUGUAACAGAUAUCAAUGAUAAUCCACCGGAACUGCUCAUGUCAUCACUUACUAGCCCAAUUCCAGAAAACUCAGCCAAGACAGUCGUGGCUGUUUUUAGGAUUAGAGACAAAGAUUCAGGGAACAAUGCAAAGAUGGUGUGCUCCAUCCAAAAUGAUCUCCCCUUCGUCCUGAAGCCAUCUGUAGAGAAUUUCUACACCCUGGUAACAGAGAGCCCGCUGGACAGAGAGAGCCAAGCCGAGUACAACAUCACCAUCACCGUCACCGACUUGGGGACCCCUAGGCUGAAAACCCAGCACAACAUAACCGUGCUGGUCUCCGACGUCAACGACAACGCCCCGGCCUUCACCCAAACCUCCUACACCCUGUUCGUCCGCGAGAACAACAGCCCCGCCCUGCACAUCGGCAGCGUCAGCGCCACAGACGGCCACUUUCCGGGCCACCUGGUGGACAUCGGCGGCACCGGGACCCUGUCCCACAGCUACCAGUAUGAGGUGUGUCUGAAGGGAGGUUCUGGGACCACCAGCGAGUUCAAGUUCCUGAAGCCUAUUGUCUCUAAUCUGCAGUCUCAGAGCAUGGGGAGGGAAGUAGAAGAAUAUCCUUCAUUUCGGAAUGAUUUGGGUUUCUAAUUAAGACUGAAAAAUAAAUGUGAGUAUUGUGUCUGUGAAUGCAUUCCUAAGAAACUUAUCCUGAGUUACCUGUAGUGGAGUGCUUUCACAUUGUUUAAAGUAUUCUUAAAGUCACACAAUAAAUUUAUUUACACAGAAAAUGAUCCAACUUUAGCCCUAUGAACCUUCCACAAAGCAUAGAAUGUGUCUAUUUAUCUCUAACAAUUAUGCAUUUUGUGCAGUCUAUGUCGUGAUAAAUCUUGUUUGAGAUGUUGUAAAUUGUUUUUCAUUGCCUCUAAAGUUUAUAGCUACUUUUAUCUUCUGAGUUGAUUUCCAUGUUGUAGAAAUAUACCUACCGAAGUUUUAGAAGCAUAGAUCAUGGAAUAUCUUUUAAAGCUUUUUAAAAAGUACUUAGAAUGUAUCAUACAUUAACAAUUUUAAUAUAGAAGUAAACCUAAGAGGGGAGGUAUUUUGUAAAUGAGCAAAUAGAUGUUUGCAGAGGUUCAGUAAGUUCACUAAAGUCACCAACUAAAAAUGGCAGAGCUCAGCCUCUCUCUUAGAUCUGUCUGAUGCUGGGACCUUGCUAUGAUGCUAUACUGUUUUCUGCCAUUAGAUAUCACCUGCAAAGUUUCUGCCUAAUUAAGGAAAAUAAAUCUCUUUUUCCUGUUCAUGUUCCUCUUCAGUCUAUUCAAUAUUUGGAAAUAAUAAUAUACAUAUUGGCUUUUUGUUAUAUUUUCUUAUAAACCAAUAAUCCAGCUUUUCUAGAUCAAUUAUUUAACUAUUAUUAGUAAAGCUCUGAUCUAACCAAAUCCCAAGUAAAAAAAAUUGAAAAAUCAAUCUGUACUUUCUUCUUAUUACGUGAACAUAUGACCUUCCUUUCACAGAAAAUAUUAAUGAGCCUGAAUAGAAAUAUUGCAUAAUUUUGAUUGCUUCAUUAGUUUAUUCUUUUCCUCACACCACAGUAAUUUUCUACAGUAGUCCUAACAUACGUUUUAAACACGUUUUCCUCCUUUAAUUUGAAAGUUUAUUUUUAAAGUUCAAUAUACUGCAGUGCUGAAUCUGGAAAAUAUAAGAAAAGGAAUACUUUUAAAUAUGUAAUAUUAAAGAGAAACAAAUUAUCAUUAAAUUACUUAGAGAUUCUGGGGAGGUAAGGAGAAGCUUUGUUUGGUAUAAUAAUCUGUAACUGCUGUUUUUUUAACACUAUCCAGAUAAUUUUUGUAUAGCCGUCUUCUGAAUAUGUUAUAAACUAAUGCUGGUAAAUCUUAAAAUAGUACUAUUACUGCAUAAUAGGAUACAGUCUAAGGACAAAAAAAACCCUCAGUAAAAUCUUAAGUUCUCAUAGUGUCAGGCUAAAAUUAUCCAGUUUUUCCAACAAAUCAAUAACAUGGAAAAAGGCAGGAAGGAAUUUUACACAAUAAAAUAAAUCAAGAGACAUACCAACCAAAUGUAAUGUGAGUGAAUCUUGUUUCAAACAACCAUAACAACUGUGAAAGAAUUGGAGAAAUUUGAAUGUAGAUGAUAUUAAAUAAUAUUAACCUAAUUUCUUAGGUAUGGUAUGGAUGGCAUUGUAGGUUUUUUUGUUUUGUUUUGUGUUUUGGUCAUUAAAAGUUAGAGGUGUAUAAUGAAGUGUUUAUAGGUGAAAUUUUAGUUUGUCUGGGAUGUGGAAAUGGGAGAUCAACAAUUAUGGCAAAAUAUUCAGAAUCGUUGAAGCUAAUUAUGAGUACCUGGGAUUUAUUCUACUAUUUCCUUUAAUGGGGUUUGAAAUUUUCAAAAAUAAAAGUUUUUAAAUUGACGUUGUAAGAGGAGAAGUAGAGUUAAAAAUAGGACAUGCUUUUAGGUACAGAAACACCACCGCUGUCACAGAUAAUACCUCUAUUAGACAAACUUUCCAGUCUUUCCUUGUUUAAUCAUUUGACAUUAUAACUUCUACCUGAGAUAAUACUGUUCAUGCAUUCUUCUACCAUGUGAAUAUUGGGUGUUUUUCUAGUGAUGACAAUGGACUCAUGCAAACUCAGCUAACUGGUGGCAUCAAAUUACAUGCCUGGUGUGUGU